UUUGUUUUUAAUUUUUCUUUAAUUUCGCGAUUGACAUUAAUUAAUGUAGACGAUUUUUAGAAUAAUGCUAAUUAUUAGCUCUUUGUUCAUAUUAUGAGGCAUGAAUGAUGUCAAAUUGUAAAUUUUCCUGUAAAAACGGUCGAUAAUAUGGUAAGGAUAACAUCGGUAAGGCAGUGUAAAAAGUUGGUUAAAAAGUUAGCAUUUUACUGUAACGUAUGUCGGUAAAAUAGUUCCGGAGUUUAAUUCAUUGUUCAUAGUUCAGGUAGAUGGCAAUAUUUGUACGUUUUACAAAUCGUCACGGCGUUAAUGAACGUGGGAAUCUCCGCGAGAGGGUACUAGUUGGUCAUUACUGAUCCACGUAUAAUUAAAUUGGCUCGCCAUUUUGACGGGAUGAAACUUUUCACAGCACAGAUGAGAAUUAAAAAUGUCUCUGCAAAUGUAUUUCAACAAAUUUCGGUAAGACAAUCUUUUCAUAUCCUUACGAAAGAAUUGCAUCGACGAUUAUAAUAGCGCAAAACCUACUGAACGUACAAAAAAAGAAUUGAGAUUCUAGUAUGGCGCCCGUUAAACGAGGACUUAAUAAAUUCAAAACAACUUUGGAAAAAAUCCGUAUUGCCGUUAUUACGUUUGCAAUCGGCGUAGCAACUUGUAUCAUUAUCGAUGACAUCCGUGCGCAUUAACGAUGAUGUAACAGUUAUUGACCUCCGCGAGUCUUGGCGAUUUAUUUGCCCGCGAUAUGGCCGUGCCAUCAGGGUGAAUUUUUUCUUUCCCUUUUUUUUAAACAAGCGUGCGCACACGUAUCUGAACGCACUUUCUCGAUAUUACGUAAAGCGUCGUAAUUAGCGACGAUGUCUCGGGUGCAACCGAGCGAGAAAACGCUUGUGCAAGUAGAAAACGAGCGGACCUGCCUCUUUUUCGCUAUCAAUCGACGAUCGGCGAUUAUAGCACGACGAGGCUCCAGGAAUAUCGCGUUAUCUUUUUUCCUUUCGCAGGAAGUAUCGCAGAUAUCCAUGUCAUCGGACGUUUUACGGAUAAGCCCCAAUAAAUCCGAGCCCGAGUAAACGAUUUGAUCGUCAAUAACGUUUGCUAUAUCUGCGCGUGUACUUGUAUUUAUGCUUGCCAUGCACGUUUAUUUUGAUACAUUUAUCGUUACACGAUAUCUCCUCUGUAUGUAUAUAGUUUAUCUAUCGUAAAUUUACCGCAAGCGAUUACGCUCAACUCGCGCGCGUAAUCGUGCAGCUGUUUUUGCGAACAUAGCAUACUUUAGCGGUGCAAAGAUCAAGUAUCUUUUCGCGUUUUAUUAUUGAUCGAGCAUUUGCUCGAAGCUUUUUCUUUCUUCCUUCUUUUUGAGCACAUUGUGAAUUCCGAGAGUCUCUCGAGUGAUGUCGAGAGCGAGUUCAUUGACUCGGCAAGCGAUCGAUCGUUUCCUCUAAAGAGAAUCAACGAUGACGAGUGGACGGACGACGAAGCACGUUUGGGGGGCUUAAUUUCGUCACGCUUCGAGGACGAAACGAACAAUGGAAAAUUUUGCAGACUCAUAAAUUUUCGGGAUAAUUUCGUAGAAGCCACAUACACUAUUUUAGCACAUUAUUUUUUAAUUUCGUAUUCACGCGAGACGAAGAAACUUUUAUGGGGGGAGGGGGGAUUUAAGGAUCUCGGUCGCAAGAUAAAUUCGAAUUAACAAAGUUAAUUGAAUGCGAACAAUGACAUGCGAAACUCCAAGCCUUGAAGUAACGAUUGCGGAAGCGGAAUCGUUAGUCGCGAGGACGAUGAAUCAUUUCACCCGGAAGAUUUACAGCGUGUCGUUUACCCCGUUUGAAACGUCGCACGUGCACACGCACGUGCGUGUCGUAACGUACGUAAGCGCCCCGGAUUUUGCAUGCCCCCUCGCUCGGUUCGUACGCCAGGGCAGUUUUGGAUAAUCGACGCGAGAUUUAUGGGGGUCACGCGGCCGCUAAUCACCACGUACGUAGCUUGACAUUUGCGAGGCGAACCCACGGGACUGUCUUUAAGUCGGUUUGGUAUUUGCUUGGCAUUUGCUGAAUCGCGUAUGAAAUGAUUUGCCGCGUAGCCGGCAAGGCCGAGGAAUCCCUAUAAGUCCUUACGAGGAUUACGAGUCCUUACGGGAUGACGUAACGACCACGUCGCCACUGCUUCCAUCGUUUGCAUAAUUAGUUGUAAAGCCUGACAAAUCCGCAAACUUGCACGUUGGCUUUGAAGCACGUAAUCCGAAAUCUAUGAGUUGCUUUCACAAAUCGAUGAAAUUAAAUAAUAAUUCGCUAGAAUUACAUAUUCGAAACGGCGCGGAAGCUGCGGGAGUAAGAUGAUUGCACAGGGAGAAAGGAUACGAAUAGAUCUUCGAGAUUUCUCGCCAAUUUAUUACAGCUUUCUUUUGAACACGUGGAACGAAACGGUAAUAUAUUUGGAGUACUUUGUUCGCCGCAUAUCGAGGCGACUUUCUGCAUACGUUUAAACACACUUUAUUAGCAUAUCUCAGCACGGCGGAAUUCAUUAUCGCUCGUCGCUAGGAAUUCCGCAGUGACACGGAAUAACGCUCGCUCUGUGCGCGUAGUUUUUCCGCCGAUUCCUUUUUGCCCGGAUCUCGCCGGGAUCUCGAACCGCUGAUCGGGAUCGACACGAUCCGUUCCAAUAAGCGCGAUUUCGAUCGAUCUCGCGCUCGGCGCUCGCGCCUCUUCCGGUCAUGAUCCGUUUACCCGUUCCGCGUCAAAGGAGGAAGACGCAGUAAACGCAGUGCACGAAAGUGCAGCGUUCGAUGAUCCGACUACCGAUCGGCGGUGUUCUCGAGCCGGUCGCACGGCAACAAUUUGCGCGCACGGCGACGACGAUGACGAGCCGGGAAAGGCUCUCGUUAAUAUCCCGAGAAAGGUGCAGCCGCGAGUUGUAAGUGAAUGGCGGUGAAGAGAAUAUAGACCGUUUCGCGGAACGGAUAUCGGCUUGCAACAUUAAUUACAAUAGCAGCAGCAGCAGCAGCUGUUGAGUCGCGUCAAAGAGCAAUCGGCGAGUCCGUAUCGGUCGAUUCUAAUAUUAACUCUCGCGAGCCUCACAUUUCGCACGAGCGUAAAAAACAAAUAGCGAGACACGGUUACUUUUUUUAAACGCGUGCAACACACGAAACUCCGACUGAUUCAAUCCUCUCAGAAAAAAUUCGUUAACGAAUCGUAAAUGUUAACAAACUUUCCACCUCGAUCUGUAAUCCUGAUUGAAUACAGAUUUAAUCAAGUUAUGAUCAUCAUAUAUUGUAUGAAUAAUAAUAUUUCGUGAUUUUAACGAUGUUAGUAUUCGCUCUUCAUGGUGAGGAUUGCUUUUACUCUUUUCUUUCCUCGCUGUGCCGGGACGAUGUUGAGCUAGAGAGAUGACGAAUGGAGGAGGCGAUCGGGCAGAGCUCUCGUACUCUUGCUCCAGCCAACAGCUGGCAAGCAGAGAGACGAGUAGCACCGUUACCGUGCGCAGCUCGGCCGAUUCCUCGUAGAUCAGCCUUCUCGAUCGUACCUCGCCUCUCUUUAUUUCUUGUCAGGGGCCAUUAAGCGCUCACAGGGACGUACAAGACUCGACAUUCUUCGCUGGAGAAAUAACAUCAUAUUCUGCAUUUGCGAAUGCAAUGACUUGCGAAUGAAAGCAUCAAUUUUUAUCUCGACGACACAUUUCUGAAUGUAUUUGAAUAUUCCUUGAGAAAGUUACCGCAAGGAAUUACCGAUUCUUUUAUAAUUGUUCCUAAGAAUUAAGAUAAAUAAAUUAAAAUAAAUAAAAAAUAAUGUUUUGUAUAAAUUUGUAGUUGAAGUAUUUAGAUGAAUAUCUUGAAAGAGUAAGCUAUACUUGUGAGAUUAAUUGAACAGCAACACUGAAUCAAAAAACAUAGAAAUUUCUUAUUAAAAAUUAAAAUACCAAUUUGUAAUGAAUUGAAAAACGCAAGGUUCAUCUAAUUACUUCCCGAUGUGUUUUCAAGCAGAAUUCCUGAAGGAAACACAGCUUGAACACGCGCUUGUACGUUCCGAGUUUCAAUCACUUUCGCAUUAAUCCGAUGCGGAAUCACGAUGUAGUUAGCCGCUUUCUGAGCGCGAUUGAAAUUCGUUUCCCUAAAGUAAACGCCAUAAGUCAUGGCGCGCGAUGUGUCCGUGUACGUUCCUGACCCUCCACCACUUGGUCCGACCGGCACUUGCCACUUCUACCCGCUCGAGUCCAGCGGGACGGCAGAGCCAGGAUCCGCGACUCGACUCGACUCGACUCGACUCGACUUGACUCGACUCGACCGAGUCAGUACCGUGCCGCGACCCGUGUUUUCCGCACGUGUGACACGACGUGGCGUGACGUGACGUGACGCACGGCGACGCGUGCCAGGCCACGGAAAUCACGUUUCCCGUAUCCGCCUCCUUCGCUCCGGGUGAAGGGCUUCUCGUUACGUAAAAUCCGGAUCGAUCGCACCGAAAGCGAAGGUCGGGCCUAGCACCAGUCCGUUCAGUCGGGACCAACGAACCGCUGGGACGUCGCGCGCGCUCCGCUCUCUCGGCGUCUUGCUCCCGAUUAAUAGAUUUCAAUUGCAUUCGCGCCCUGCACAGUGCCAAGUCAGAAAGAGCGCAAUGCCGCUGCCGGAAGGGCGGAUACGUGCGUUUCCGUCGACUCGCUGAGGCAGUGAACAGCGAGAAGUGCCGGCGAUCUUUCGGAGUUUCAUCACGCUCUUGGUAUCGCGCGAGAAUACAUGUGAAUGACAACCGCACGUGCACGUGCAAGAGGAACGUGAGAAGAAGAACCACAUCGUCGCGAUCCGAUUACCACCAAGUGUCUCGCUACCGCCAUCGUCAUCAUGGUGGUGUCACAUCGCGAGCCCAGCAUAUCGUCGAACAUACGGGCGAUAAUCGAGCAGUUGAACCUGAAUCCGGUUGAAAGGCGGCGGCUGAUCGACAGGACCCGACAGGAGGGCAAGGCGCGAUGCAAGAGCUACCCGGACGGCAUCCCGGGUUUCCCGGUGGAUUCACAGUCGCCACGGAUCAGCAUCGGCGUUUACGGUUGCUCGGAUCGGAGCACGGGAUUCGAGAUGCCGACUCCGAUCAGCGCCAGCAAAGCCACGCCGACGCGCAAGAUCGAGAUCGAGCGGGCGAGAUCAAAGGCGGACGCGCGACAGAGGCUGCCCGCGCAGAAGAAGGAAGCAUUCGUCGCGUGCCAGGUGACGAAAGAGAUACCUGCCACGCAGGUGAAACGAGGACCGCGAGAGGAACGCGCGAAAGAGGGCAAGUUUGAGUGCCAGCCGAUCGUGUCGAUCGGAUUCCUUAACAAGGAGACAACCCUUAACAAGGAUGAGAGCUGUGCGAGAUCAACGACGACGAUGACGACGACAAUGCCAACGCCAACGCCAAUAGUGACAAAGAUCGUCCCAAAAAGUCAACGGAUGCCGCAGGGAGAGAAUACGACUCGAAUUGACAUCACUAUGAUCGAGGACAAGGUCGCGGACGCAUCAGUGGUGUCGGUCAGAUCAUUGUACAAGAUCGAGGAUCGUCUCAGAUCGAAGCAGCCGGAAGCUGUGGCAAAUGUCAGGAUCCACCGAGCCACGAGGGAACAGAUGAUCACGAGGCAGCAGAUUCGCGUCGACGACACGGUCGAGAUAAUCGAUCGAUCGAUUACGAGAACAACAAAGGACACGCACGAUCGGACCGUUCCGGUAGCCAAGGAGGAUUUACCGGAGUUAGAAAGCGCGAGCCUGAGUCACACGGCGGCGCACCACCGGAUCUCGGUGCGACCGAAGAACCGGCGUCCGCCACGUCGCACCACGUCAACUACAACAUUAACAACGACAACGACAACUGCCAUGACGCCCAACGUUUCCAGCUCGCCAUUGAUACCGCCGACCAUCGCGGAGGAUACCCUGGACAGUCUGGACCAGCAACAGCUGCAGCAACCGCCGCAGUUGACCAGCAAUGCAGCAUCACCAACAACGGAGACACCCAAGUCCGUUGGUGUGAUCAGGAAGUCAUCGAGCCGGCUGUCGCGCAACUCCGACAUCUUCGAAGAGCUGGAGUCGCGGCUGCCACGGAAGGCGAGUGCGACCUCGUUGUCGCCGGAUAGCUUGGAUGUCACGACCACCUCGCGGAGCAGCACGGAGACAGCGGCAGCAACUGUCGAGGAGCAACAACAACAGCAACAACAGGCGGAGGUCAGAUGGAUAUCGGUUAACAGGCGGCCGUCCAACCGAAUCUCCAAGGGUUCGGACGUGUUCGAGGAGUUGGAGGCGAAGCUGCCGCGCAGGAGGUCCUCGUCGAAUCGGCUGUCCAAGUCGCCGGAUAGUCUGGACUCAGCGCCCGGCUGCUGGUUCUCCAAAUCCACCGACGAGGGCUUCGACAAGCUGGCGGAAUAUGAGGAGGUGGCGAAGCCGACUAUCGCCAUCAGGCGACCGCUGCUGCAUCCGAUCUCCAAGUCCACUGAUCGCGUCUCCAAAUCGUCGGAUAGUCUAGAAGCGAUCGAGCCGCUAGUCAGCGACGACUCGAUCGAGCGGCGACGCAGCAGCUUCGACUUUCGAGCGCGCAGGACCUCGAAGGCGAUGUCCAAGUCGUCGGAGAGCUUCGAUGCGCUUGAGCAGAGCAGCUGUGUUGGUGAGGUGGUCGGUCUGCAGGAAUUGCAGAAGAGAAGCAGCGUAUCGGAUAUUAAUCUGUCGCGCGGCAAGAGAUUGUCGAAGAGCAUCUCCAAGUCGACCGAGAAUUUCGAGAGGAUCGAAAUUGGUGAUCUGAAGGACGACGUUGACGCAGAAGUGGUACUCGACGACGACGCAGUACCAAAAGCGAGCGGCAGACGAAAUGCGAAACGAAUGUCUUCCGAGAGCUCGGACAAUCUAGAUGUAGAAGAUAGAUUAGAGAACAGGAGAGUGAGGAGGACGCCGAAGAGGAUACCGAGCACCAGCGUAGUGGACGUGAUGUCCACUACGGAGGAUCAGGAAGCGGAGAGACGACCGACUCCUACCAGAAAGCCAUCGAGACUCCAAAAAUCAUCCGAAAGCUCGGAGCUCGGUAGCACGGACACGUUGGAUUCGGAGAGGAGAAACAAGUCGUCAGAGAGCACCGAGACGCUGGACAGUCUGGAGAAGGACUUGGAACAGGACAGAAAGGAUGAGGAGAUCACGGAGAGCGUGAUAGACAAGCGUGAGAAAAACGACUCUUGGUCUAGCAGAAACGUGGCGGCCACCGAUUCCGAUCAGACGUCGAUGGGAGACGACACGGAGGAUUCCAAGUCGCUCAUCUCUGCCGACAACAAGUAUUACUGGCGUCAAUCCUCUGAGCCGGUGUCCAAGGAGAACUUGGGUAUUCAACAAUUGUUGGCCAUCACGAUAAUGACCAGGAUGGCUGACAAUGGUAACAAUCAACGCAGCUCUGUCAUCUAUCCGAAGAAGCAGCAGAUGAGCACGUCGCAGCCAACGUCACCGGUAGCCAAGCAGGAGGAUACGAAGAUACUGAUUGACAACCUGCUGGCGAGCAAGAACGACGAGGACCUGCAGAACAUGCUCAAUGGAAACAUAUCGGAAGUGUCGACCGACACUAAGAGCUUUAAAGAAAAGCUAAUUAUGUUCGAAAAGCUCGGGAAGUGAACGCAGAACAUAGAACGCGGAAUUGUUUUUUGUAAUUCAGUCAGCGGAACGCUUCGACGAUUCGAAGCCUUACGCAGAAAGGAACACGAAAAGAGAGAUAAACGAUCUCGUUUAGCGCUUGAUACAUAUACACACCCACGUUGUCAUAGGAUACAUAUCCUAGUAUUUUUAUGUGAAGCUGCUCGGAGAUCGCGAAUGCAUGAAAUGCGAAUCAUGGAAGAAAAUCAAAGAUUAGCUUGCGGAGAAUCAAUUUUUCGUACUUUAAUUAUCCACAAAGCUGUUGAAAUCGAAAAGGAAGAAUAAUAUAAAUGAAGAAUAGAUCAAAUAAAUAAUAAUCGUACGGAUAAAAGUAGUAAACCGAGAUGUUCUCGGUUUAGAAAUGAUGAAUUUUUCGAAGAAAAAAACUUCAAAAUGAACGCUUGGUAUUUAGAUUAUUCUAAAUAAUUUCUAAAUAAUUUGUUCGCAUAUUCGUAUUUCGUUAAUCGAUGUAGCUAUAAACAUAACGUCCCGAUAUUUUUAAUUUCAGAGAUCGUAACAACGUUCAGUUUACUAACGUUUGUAAUAGCCGUGCUCGUCGUUGUCGAUGCAUAUAUUUGAGCGAGCAGAAUCAUUCGUACAUCAUGUUGAAACGUAAAUUAACUCUAUUCGCAGCAAGCAGUAAUUUUUCAAUUCCCGCGCUCGUGUUUUUCUACACGACUGCAGACACCUUGUUGAGAUUAUAUCGGAUCACGUGCACUCAUUUGUGCUCAUCACAGGGGGAAACGCAUUUAGGAAUGCGUGUACAUUCUCGUAGGGAGCUUUAGCGUUAUACUCGCGACUAUAGUUUGUACAGUAGUUUAGCAGUUGUGAUCCUCGGCGUGAUGCAUUUAUAAAUAUCGUGUAUUAUCUCGUGCAUUUCGUGUAAAUACGAGAAAGAAUAUGUGUGCGUUAUCACUUUAAGAUUCCGAAAAGAAAAAAAAGAAAUAUAUAUAUAUAUCAUUAUGUUAGCAACGUUGAGAGAUAAAUAUAGAAGAUAGAGAGAAAUAAAUAAAUAUAUCUUGUACGGGGUACAAGAUAUACAAUGGUCUAAGAGAUGUUUUGCGUGCGACUGUAUUUUCGUUGUCCGAAAACGCUAUUGUUAUUCUACACAGAAAUGUAUUGCUCUCCCAAAAUUGCCUACAGAUUAUCUACACACGUGAAAUGUGUAAUCCGAAUCACGCUAAAACGGGCCUAUCAAUAAGUGAUAUCAAUAUGGCCUCACUUUGAUUAAAUGUAUAUGGGAUAUCGUUGAACGGAAAAAGGUAAGAUAAAAAAAGGAUAAAAAUGAGAGCGGGAUAGAAACUAUCUGGAACCUCGUUCUUCUCGGUGAUCCGAGGCGUGGAAAACGCUGCAAACGUGAAGCAUAUCGUCUUAUAUUCGUCGAAUUUUGCGAGGGAGGAAAGACUUUUGUAGCCUUUCAAGUGCCUUACCGAACCAAUCAAGGAACUGAAUCGAAGUACGCCGAUUGUAGUAGCCACAGGAGCGUUGUAUCGUUAUCCCCUUCAUAGUUAUCUAGAUAAAUGAUAAAUGUUUCGGAAUUCGAGAAAGAUGCGAAGUAACCGCCUCUUAGAGUAAAAUAGAGAAAACUGAAUUUAACCACCACGUCACUGUAAUAUUAUGUAAUAACAUACAUGAUAACAAGAGAAAAAAUUCUAUACAUGUACACGCGUACACACACACGCGCGCGCGCACGCACACACACACACAUACACAACAGACAUACAUAUACACGUAUUCACAUUUACACAAAACGGAUUUCUUUCCAUUGAUGUAAAAUAAAGCUGCCAUCGCAAAUUGUGGUUCG